CCGAGGUAUCUUUUUGUAUUUUUCUGCCGGGGAUGGGCCAGAUUGAGAAGGGCGGUACGAGGGUGAGACUUGGCGUUGGUGUUUUGGAACAUCAAAGAUGGACAGGGUUUUCGCGGAGGUCGCUCCUCGGAUAUCUCCACAACUACAGGUCGGGGGUCUUCCAAAAUCGAGAAGAUUGGUGCAUAUGGCUAGGUCACUUCACCUUACAAUUUGUAUGGCACUCUGGCCCGGGGUUGUGGUGUGGUAGGGGAGAACGGGGGAUAAUCCCACACAGGAGCUUCGAACAACGUCCGGUUCACGUUUGGCUGGAUAACUCCACCACCACACGGGGUAUGCGGUCGGCGAUGGGGUCAAAAUGCUCGUAUGAUCGAGGGCUUUUCGAUGGAUCUAUCGGCGGGUUCUUAUUCGAAAAAUCGAGCGAGUUCGUGGUGGAGCGGUUGUUGAAAAGCUGUGCUUAG